AUGAGGCUCGAUCCGAAGGACCAUCUCACCAACCUCAACUCCCACGUCUACACGCGCGCGAAGCUAAUCUACACGCGCCGGGACCUCACCUGCCUUAGCACGGCACCAGUGCACGAGGUCUGGACAACUCGAGCUCGAGUACAGCUCCUCCACACACAACCGUCGCCAACCUCCGUCCAAUUCUGCCCUUCGGCCAAUCGGCGGGGCAGAGUUGGUACCUGCACCCCACAGUAA